GCUUAAUGCUCGGUCUAGAUAUAUUAUGUCUAUGGUUUAGGAAUUGAGUGAACACGUCGGCACUUUUAGGUUAUUCGGAAGUGCAUUUGUCGCUAUGGGUAGGGCAUGUUGCGUCUUGGGAUGUCCUUCAGGAGGAGAUGCUCCGUCUCAUCAAAUCCCCAAAAACCCAGUUCUCUUCCAGAAGUGGAAAAACAUGAUUUAUUCUGAGAAAAUUCAACAUCUGACCGAUGAACAAAUAAGCAAGUGUGCCGUGUGUUAUCGGCAUUUUGCUGACAAUGACUAUCUGGUAACCUUCAGAGUGAGGAAAUUAAAACGCGGCAUUAUACCUUCUUUAAAUUUACCAAACAAACUGACUUCUGACGUGAUUAAGAUAGAACCGCAAAUAUCGGCUACGAGCAUGAGCACAUUUACUACGAACGAAGUAAUGGAAAGUCAAAAAUUAACGGGAGUACCGGAAACGGCUCAGAAUGUACCAUUUCCGGAUACUCCAGAGAAAAAUAAAUUCUGCUUAUUCGAUCGACCGCAGACUUUACCGAACAAACAUAUCAAACGAACUAACUCGACAGCAGAAAUGUUUAAAUUAAAUUGUCGAGAAAAGGCGUCAAGAAAGAAACAAGUAAAGUCGACUGCAAUGCACUCGUCUUUGCUUCGAUGCAAACAACAAGCCAAGCAAUAUGAAAAAACGCCUACGAUACAAAAGCUAUUGUCUUUUCUCACAAUUCCCGAAAUCACUUUCAUUAAAACCAGAAUACGGAAGUCAAAAUACUCGCCAAAGGUAUACGUAAAAGUGUACCACAAUAUUGCCAAGAGAAAGGCCCUUGGCUUUGGUCAGUUAUAAAGUCUAAUGAUUUACCGCGAAUCGCAAAGAGAACCUAACAAUAAAAACGCAAAUCGUAUUGUCUUCUAUUUUUGAUACCUUAUGAGAAGCAAAUCGUGCCAUGUGUUACUUGUAUUUAUAUCGGCAAGAAAGAGUUAAUUUCAUUAUAAUACGUGCAAUAAUAUUGUAUAAUAAUGUAAAUUGUAGAAUAGUAAUGCAAAGUAACAUGUAUAGCCUCACGAUUACUAUCGCUUUCAUACACCUAGUUAUAUUAUUUUAAAAGAAAUCUAAUUAAAAAUAUUGUAUACUUGCAAUUUCUCUUGCGUACACAAGGUAUCAUUUAACUUUUAUUUCUUGAAAUAAGACAAAUGCUUUGUCUAGGAUCUUACUGUAUAGUAAUGUUGUAAUUGACAAGUUUGGCCACUGUACAGACAAGACAGUUCAAGCGGUAAAUGUUGGGUGCAAAAUUCUAAUAUUAUGUCGAUACAAUAGUAGUUUUACUGUAUUUUUAAAAACGAAUACAUGAAAUAUACAUUUAUAAUUAUAUGUAUGUAUAAUUAGUAGAAGGAUUGUAUUAUUCUCUGAAUAGAUCUUUGAAUGCUAUCUUAUCACUAACGA